CGCUAGGACGUGUUUUUUUGCGUCAUAAUGUGGGCGGUUGGUUUGCGUGGUGUGAAUGAUGUGAUAGCUGAUUCCAUUAAAUUAUUGUAAAUGGUUUGUCUGAUUUAAACUUACAACCCUACUCACAAUGCCUAUGAAAGGCAGGUAUCCUAUUCGGAGGACUUUGCAGUAUCUCCAGAAAGGAGAAAUUGUUUUUAAAAAAUCUGUGAGGAUCAUGACUGUCAACUAUAAUACUCAUGGAGAACUAAGUGAAGGUGCAAGAAAAUUUGUCUUCUUCAGUAUUCCUCAGAUCCAGUACAAAAAUCCUUGGGUACAAAUUGUGAUGUUUAAAAACAUGACUCCAUCACCAUUUCUGAAGUUUUAUUUAGAUGAUGGUGAGCAAGUGUUGGUCGAUGUAGAAGGCAAGGAUUACAAGAAUAUUGUUGAACAUGUGAAAUAUAUCCUUGGAAAAAGCCAGGAGUUUUUUAAUCAAGAUCUGGAAAAGGUCUCUACUGUUAAGAUUAAACGUUGUCACAAAAGUGGCCCCUAA